CUCAUAAAAUAUGUAAAAAUUUAGGAUAAUAACAAUAAUUUUAUAGCGAUGUUGUAAUUGGUAUAACAGCGAUGGCGGAUGACAAAGAAUUAAUAUAUCUUAUGUAUUCCAAACGCAACAAGACAUCAGAAACACAAACGUCACAGUUAAGCAAUUUAAAUACGUAUAUUAGAUCAGAUGAUGUUGCCAAUAAAUCAACAGAACGGAGUAAUUUAAAAUUUAUGGAUAGAAAAGAACAUGGAAAACAAAUCUGCUUUAAUAAUAUAAGCUUAGUAUUGCAAAAGAAGAAAAAACAUCGCUAUAAAAACGUUAUAUUCGAUUCACUAAAUAAUUCAAAAAAACACAAACAUUUAGUCAAGCCAAAGAGUUCACCUUUGCUAUGUUCCAAAAAUUAUUAUACUAAUUCCAUAAUUUACUAUGAAAAUUUUCGCCAUAAUAAAUUUGAACCUGGACCCCCUUACAAAUCGUAUAAUAAUUUGACAGCAUCCAGACAUUUAUUUUCUAAAACACGAAAUACUUCUUGUGAAGUAUAUCGGUGUCAAUUUAGUACACAAGAAGAAAGUUGUUGUUGUUCAUGUAAUUCUGAUGCAAUGUUUGAAGUUAUGAAGAGUCUUUAUGACUGUUAUAAAAAAAAGAAUUGUGAUCACUGUAACUGUAUACUUUGUGGUCAUCUACCAAGAGAGGAAAGGCGAUUGGGUGAAUUACGUAAAGCAGGUGUUGACUUAUCUGCAAUCGCCAAGGGAAAAGGAAAAAAGAAGAAAAAAGUAACAAGUAAGGAGAUGUUAGCUAUGUUAGAAGGUAAAACUCAAGCCGAAAAAGAGAAAACGUUGAAGGAACUGGUAAAAGCUGGAGUGGAUUUACCUGAACCACGAACGCAGUCAGAAGAAGCACUUAUGGCAAAAGUUAGAACUGAAUUAGGUUUACCUGCUGAACCGUCGACAAGAAAAAUACCAUCUGAAAAGCUACGUAAAGCUAAAGAACUAGGUUUAUUAACACCUUUGGAAGGCAAAUCUACGGAACAAAAAGAAAAAAUUCUAAAAGGGCUAGUCAUGAACGGUAUUCCUUUGCCGAAAGGAAAAUCAGAAUCGGAACGUAAAUUAAUUGACAAAGUACGGGCUGAUAUGGGUUUGCCGCCAGAGCCAAAAACUACGGCAGAAAAAAGAAAUUUCAAAAAAGCUAUGGAUGCAGGGCUCAUAACACCACUGGAAGGAAAAACUCGAUCACAAAAAGAAAACAUUUUGAAACAACAGGCAGAAAUGGGUAUCCCUCUUCCAGAAGGUCGUACAGCAUCUGAAAAAUCCCUAAUUGCGAAAAUUAAACAAACAGUACGACCACCUUCCGAAUCUAAAGUUCCGUCUGAAAAAAUGAAAAAAGCAAAAGCUGCAGGCCUACUGACGCCCUUAAAAGGUAAAACUCCAGCACAGAAAGAAAAAAUUCUAAAGGGGUUGGCUAUGAAUGGAAUCCCUUUUCCAGCAGCUAAAACUGAGUCUGACCAAAAAAUAAUGGAUAAAGUACGAAAAGAUAUAGGUCUGCCACCAGAACCCAGAACAUCUUCAGAGAAAAAUAACUACAAGAAAGCGCUAGCUGCAGGUAUUAUAACACCACUAGAAGGAAAAUCUGGACCACAAAAAGAAGCAAUAUUAAAAAAGCAGGCUGAAAUGGGAAUUCCUCUACCAGAGGGUCGUACUCCAUCUGAAAAAGCUUUGAUUGCAAAAAUACAACAAACAGUUCGCCCAGUCUCUGAAUAUAAGGUUCCGUCUGAAAAGUUAAGAAAAGCUAAAGCAGCAGGUUUAUUGACACCCCUUAAAGGCAAAACACCGGAACAAAAAGAAAACAUUCUUAGAGGAUUAGCUAUGAACGGUAUACCUCUCCCAGAAGCUAAAACUGAGUCAGACCGGAAGAUAGUCGAUAAAGUAAGAAGAGAUCUGGGCUUACCGCCGGAACCUAGAUCAUCAUUGGAUAAAAAUAAUUAUAAAAAAGCAUUAGCUGCUGGUGUUAUAACUCCAUUAGAAGGAAAAUCUGCUCCACAAAAAGAAGCAAUAUUAAGAAAGCAGGCUGAAAUGGGAAUUCCUCUACCAGAGGGCCGCACACCAUCUGAAAAGGCGUUAAUUGCAAAAAUUCAACAAACAGUCAAGCCACCCUCUGAAUAUAAGGUGCCAUCAGAAAAAAUGAAAAAAGCCAAAGCAGCAGGUCUUUUAACACCCUUACAAGGAAAGACACCGGAACAGAAAGAAAAAAUUCUAAGAGGAUUGGCGAUGAAUGGAAUACCACUUCCAGCAGCAAAGACUGAGUCCGAUCGGCAGAUAGCCAAUAAAGUAAGAAGAGAUCUGGGUUUACCAUCGGAACCCACAACGUCAUCAGAAAAGAAUAAUUAUAAAAAAGCACUAGCUGCAGGAAUUAUAACACCACUAGAAGGAAAAUCUGCUCCACAAAAAGAAGAAAUAUUAAGAAAACAGGCUGCGAUGGGACUGCCCCUUCCAGAGGGACGUACACCCUCUGAAAAAGCUUUAAUUGCAAAAAUACAACAAACAGUUCGCCCAGUCUCUGAAUAUAAGGUUCCGUCUGAAAAGUUAAGAAAAGCUAAAGCAGCAGGUUUAUUGACACCCCUUAAAGGCAAAACACAGGAACAAAAAGAAAACAUUCUUAGAGGAUUAGCUAUGAACGGUAUACCUCUCCCAGAAGCUAAAACUGAGUCAGACCGGAAGAUAGUCGAUAAAGUAAGAAGAGAUCUGGGCUUACCGCCGGAACCUAGAUCAUCAUUGGAUAAAAAUAAUUAUAAAAAAGCAUUAGCUGCUGGUGUUAUAACUCCAUUAGAAGGAAAAUCUGCUCCACAAAAAGAAGCAAUAUUAAGAAAGCAGGCUGAAAUGGGAAUUCCUCUACCAGAGGGCCGCACACCAUCUGAAAAGGCGUUAAUUGCAAAAAUUCAACAAACAGUCAAGCCACCCUCUGAAUAUAAGGUGCCAUCAGAAAAAAUGAAAAAAGCCAAAGCAGCAGGUCUUUUAACACCCUUACAAGGAAAGACACCGGAACAGAAAGAAAAAAUUCUAAGAGGAUUGGCGAUGAAUGGAAUACCACUCCCAGCAUCAAAGACUGAGUCCGAUCGGCAGAUAGCCAAUAAAGUAAGAAGAGAUCUGGGAUUACCACCAGAACCCACAACGUCAUCAGAAAAGAAUAAUUAUAAAAAAGCACUAGCUGCAGGAAUUAUAACACCACUUGAAGGGAAAUCUGCUCCACAAAAAGAAGAAAUAUUAAGAAAACAGGCUGCGAUGGGACUGCCUCUUCCAGAGGGACGUACACCAUCUGAAAAAGCUUUAGUUGCAAAAAUACAACAAACAGUUCGACCGCCCAAAGAAAAAAAAUCUGACCGUGAAAUAGCUGAUUUAUUUACAAAACUUGAAGGUAAACCAGAUAAAGAAAAACAAGAGAUGUUAAAAGCUUUUGCAAUGCAAGGCAAGCCAUUGCCAGAAGGUAGAACUCCAUCAGAAAAAAAAUUAAUAGAUAAAGUAAGACAUGACUUAGGUCUACCACCGGAACCUAAAUCACAGGCACAUAAAGAUAAAUAUAAACAAGCUGUUGCCGCAGGCAUCAUAGUGCCAUUGGAAGGAAAAUCGGCGGCACAAAAAGAGAAGAUUCUUAAGGCUCAAGCUGACUUGGGUCUUGAAUUGCCAGAAGGGAGAACAGCGUCUGAAAAGGCUUUAAUUAAAAAAAUUAAAGCUGAGAAAUCGAAACGGGCAAAAUCCUUGCCUCCCGAAAAAAUAAAAGAACUUGAUGCCAAAACUGCAAAAGUUAUGAAAGAAGGCAAAGGGCCAAGCGAUGAAUGCAUUUGUGACAUUCUAACACCAGAGUCAGAAAAAAUGUCAAGAGGUCCACAAAAAGUCACCUCGGAGAAAUUGCGAAAAGCAAAAGCAGCUGGUUUACUAACACCGUUGAAAGGAAAAUCAGCUAAAGAAAAGGAAAGAAUAUUAAAAGGCUUAGCUAAAGAAGGAUUACCAUUGCCAGAACCAAAAACUGCAUCUGAAAAACAAUUAAUAGACAAAAUUAAGACUGAAAUGGGAGUGCCUAGUGCAGUGAAAGCUGUACCAUCAGAUAAGAUGCGCAAAGCUAAAGCAGCCGGGUUGCUUACACCAAUACACGGAAAACCAGAUAAAGAAAAAGAAAAAAUUCUCAGAGGCUUAGCGCAGCAUGGCAUUCCACUACCACAGGCGCAAACAGCAUCGGAAAAGAGGGUUAUAGAUAAAGUACGAAAAGACUUAGGACUUCCUCCCGAACCAAAAACUCCAUCUCUUAAGGAAAAAUAUCGUCACGCUCAAAAUGCAGGUCUAAUAACGCCGCUAGAAGGUAAAUCACGUGCUCAGAAAGAGAAGAUUCUAGCCAAACAAGCUGAAAUGGGCAUACCUUUGCCCGAAGGCCGGACACAAUCAGAAAAAGACAUGAUAAACAAAAUUCGCGCUACAGUCCCAAGAAAGAUCACGUCAGAAAAACUACGUAAAGCGAAAGAAGCUGGUUUACUGACACCACUUGCGGGAAAAACACCAAAAGAAAAAGAAAAAAUAUUAAGAAAUCUUGCGAAAGAAGGAUUGCCGUUACCCGAACCCAAAACUGCGUCCGAAAAACAGCUAAUAGCAAAAGUCAGAAAAGACAUGGGAGUGCCACUGGAAGGAAUAUCAUCAGAAAAAUUGCGUAAAGCGAAAGCGGCUGGUCUUAUAACACCAUUGGAAGGAAAAACUCCUGCCCAAAAAGAAAAGAUUCUUAAGGGCAGAAUCGCUGCUGGUUUGCCUUUACCCGAAGCAGUUACCCCAUCAGAUAAGGAAAUGAUAAAGAAAAUUAAAGAUGAAACGGGAUAUGUUACACCUUCCGUAGAAAAAAGGAGAGCUAUUUCAGAGAGAGGAAUACUUACCCCACUUAAAGGAAAAACUCCGGCAGAAAAAGAAGCAAUAUUAAAAAAAUUAGCAAAAAAGGGUAUCCCUUUACCAGAAGCCAAAACCGCGUCAGAAAAAGCAAUAAUAAAUAAAAUUAUUGAUGACUUAGGUAAAUCAAAAGUUUUACUAGCAUCCCCAGAAAAGUUAAAAGCAGCGAAAGCAGCUGGACUUCUUACACCAUUAGAAGGGAAAACAGACGCACAGAAAGAAAAAAUUCUAAAAGGCUUGGCAUCACAUGGCAUUCCUCUUCCCCCAGCAAAAACCCCAUCCGAAAAAAGAAUUCUUGAUAAAGUUCGCAAGGACUUAGGGCUACCACCAGAGCCAAAAACAUCUGCUUUAAAAGGUAAGUACCGCUUGGCACAAAAUGCUGGGGUAAUUACUCCAUUAGAAGGCAAAUCACCAUCUCAAAAGCAUAAAAUUUUAGCGAAACAAGCAGAAAUGGGUAUACCUUUACCCGAAGGUCGAACACAAUCUGAAAAGGAUCUUAUAAAUCGUAUACGCCAAACAGUUCCGAAAAAAAUUGCGUCUGAAAAAUUACGAAAAGCAAAAGAAGCUGGCUUAUUAACACCUUUACAAGGAAAAUCUCCCAAAGAAAGAGAAAAAAUAUUAAAAGGUCUAGCUAAGGCUGGAUUGCCAUUGCCUGAAGGAAAAACUGCAUCUGAAAAACAGUUGAUAAAUAAAAUAAAGGCAGAUAUGGGUUUACCAGUAGAAGAGAUUCCAUCCGAUAAACUACGAAAAGCUAUAGCUGAAGGUCUAAUAACGCCACUAGAAGGAAAAUCACAAGCACAGAAAGAAAAAAUAUUGAGAGGGCGUGCUGCUUUGGGUUUACCUUUACCUGAAGGAGUUACACCGUCUGAUAAAGCUUUAAUUAAAAAAGUUAAAGCAGACACAGGAUAUGUUACCCCAAAAAAGAAAAGAGUUAGCAAAGUGGCGUCAAUGCCAAGAGGACCAGACAUAACACCGGCACAAAAAGAAAAAUUUUUAAAGGACUUAGCUAUGCAAGGAAAAUCAUUACCGGAAGCGAAAACUGCUUCCGAUGUCAAAAUUUUAGAGAAAGUAAAGCGUGAUCUAGGACUUCCACCGGAACCCAAAUCACAAGCAGAUAAAGAUAAAUAUAAACAAGCUGUUGCCGCAGGUAUCAUAGUGCCAUUGGAAGGAAAAUCGGCGGCACAAAAAGAGAAGAUGCUUAAGGCUCAAGCUGACUUGGGUCUUGAAUUGCCAGAAGGGAGAACGGCGUCUGAAAAAGCUUUAAUUAAAAAAAUUAAAGCUGAGAAAGCGAAACGAGCAAAACCCUUGCCUCCCGAAAAAAUAAAACAACUUGAUGCCAAAACUGCAAAAGUAAUGAAAGAAGGCAAAGGGCCAAGCGAUGAAUGCAUUUGUAACAUUCUAACACCAGAGUCAGAAAAAGUGUCAAGAGUUCCUCAAAAAGUCACCUCGGAGAAAUUGCGAAAAGCAAAAGCAGCUGGUUUAUUGACGCCUCUUCAAGGAAAAACACCCAAAGAGAAGGAAAAAAUAUUAAGAAACCUCGCUAAAGAAGGAAUGCCUCUACCGGAACCUAAAACUGCGUCCGAAAAACAUCUAAUUGCAAAAGUCAGAAAAGAUAUGGGAGUGCCAUUAGAAGGAAUACCAUCCGAGAAAUUUCGAAAAGCAAAAGCAGCUGGUCUUAUAACACCAUUGGAAGGAAAAACUCCUGCACAAAAAGAAAAGAUUCUUAAGGGUAGAAUUGCUGCAGGUUUGCCUUUACCCGAAGGAGUUACCCCAUCGGAUAAGGAAAUGAUAAAAAAAAUUAAAGCUGAAACGGGAUAUGUAACGCCUUUGGAAAAAAUACCUUCGGAAAAAAUGCGAAAAGCAAAAGCAGCUGGGCUUCUUACUCCAUUACAAGGUAAACCACAAGCAGAGAAAGAGAGAAUUCUCAGAGGCCUGGCACAACACGGUAUACCUUUGCCACCACCACAAACAGCUUCUGAAAAAAAGCUCCAUGAUAAAGUGCGUAGAGAUAUGGGACUGCCUCCAGAACCUAAAACACCAUCUACCAAAGAAAAAUAUCGUAAAGCUCUGGAAGCUGGAUUAGUUACACCUCUUGAAGGUAAGACUCCAGCUCAAAAAGAAAAAAUUUUGACUAAAUUGGCUGAAAUGGGGGUACCUUUACCUGAAGGUCGUACACAGUCUGAAAAGGACCUCAUAAAUCGGAUAAGAGCAACGACAAAAAAAGUACCAUCAGAAAUGAAAGCCGAAAUCGGAGGAAAAACAAUAAAAGCUAAAACUUCAUCAGAAAAAGAAGUUCUAAGGAAAGCCAAAGCUGAAGGUUUAUUGACUCCCCUGAAAGGUAAAACACCGGAGCAGAAAGAAAAAAUUCUUAAGGGCUUAGCUGAAGCUGGCCUUCCUAUGCCAGAAGCUAAGACAGCAUCUGAGAAAGCUUUAAUAGAAAAAGUUAGGACUUCACUUGGUCUUCCACUUGAACCGACCCCAUCCGAGAAAAAAGGAAAGAUCAAAACAAAAUCUAGAAAAACUGGCGUUUCUAAAGUUAGAAAAAGUGCGAUUGGUGUAGGUAAAUCUAAGUUAGGAAUAACGGAGGAGUUUCAGGAUGUCAUUAAAACCACAACAUGUGAUCGCGGUUGUGGUUGCGAUAGAAAGAAAAUAAGGUUUAAGCAUAGCUACGUAAAAAUAAGAGUAACGUCACCAGACAUAUCGUCGCUGUGUCCUUGCCCUGAAGAAUGUCUCCCAGGCGUAAAAGGAGGUGUUUUCACGGAUAACGAAGGUAUAAAAGUGACAGUUGGUCAGGUUACUGGAGUACCUUCUUUUCCGUCUAAAGAAUUGAAGUCAAGAGAUAAACUUCACAACGAAAUCAUUAGUUCUCACAAAAACACUAACUUAACAAACGGUACGGCACUCGAUGUAUUAAACAGGUUUAAAAAAAGUAUUCAUGAUGUUUCUACAUCAAAUACUGGUUCCUACAUAAAAAAUACAAUUUAUGUUAACAACAACACGAUGCCGUCUUCAUCUUAUCACACGAAAAAAAAAUACAAAGCUUUAAGUGCUUCAAGCGUGAGUGAUACGUUUUUAUUAAUUCAAUCUUGUUCGAUCUUGUCAGAUUCAGAUCUCAGUGUCAGAUUAUCAGCUUUAUUAAAUGGCAUCGAUUCCUCGUUGCUCUUUACAACAUCUUCAAAUCUUAGCUUACUCUCACAUACUAUAAGCUUUAUCUCAUUUUCCCUCGCCAAUUGUUCAACAAAUUCUAAUUAUUUAAUUGAGACAAAUAGUAUUGGAUCCUUUCAAUCGGAAGAAUGCACAACAGAUGAUCUGGACUAUUUGCAAUUUGGAUAUAUAAGCAAAAGCGGGAUAAACAGUGACAUAAAUCUAUAUCAAUAUUCAUCAGCGUUCGGCAGCAGCAUGAAUGAAAUCCAAAAGCAAAUCAUUUCUUAUCCUACGAUUUUUCGAGUAGUCCAUAAUAUACGCAACUAUAGUGCCCCGGAUAACUACACUUAUACAGAGGAUCCAACAAUUUUAAUCGAUGCAGUGGGAAAAAUAUUAUCAGACCCUGCUUUAAGGGAAUCGUCAUCGUUGUACGUAUUAAUGCCAACAUCUUCGGAUGACGAUGAUUCUUUAUAUUCCAUAGAGGGCCAACAAAGUUCUACUAUAUGUAUCCAACUAACUGAAAGUUAUACGAAAUGGAAAAACAAAUAUGGACCGCAGAUAAACAAUUCGUCUUGCAAAAAACAUCGAAAUUCCUGCGGGUUAAGAAUAGCAGCAAAAGGAAGGAAUAAUCUUUCAAACGGAAAAAGAUGUACACCUAUUAGAAAUGACUGUACAGAAAAUUAUAAUAAACCAGACAUAAAUCAUUAUUCGGAUUGCUUAGCUAUUGAAAAACAAGAGAUACAUAGAUCAAUAUACUAUGACAUUGGUACUGAUACCACGGACCGGCCCUGCUGUUGUGAGAUCGAGAGUAAUAAAGAUAUCGUGCUUCAAGUCUUGGACGAUUCUAUCAACGAACCGUCAAAUAUCAUUUCUGAUGUGGUAGCCCCAUUCAUUUUAAAUGAGGCACUAGCCCAAGGCAUCAAUCACGACAUUACUGGAUUUAAAAACUAUUCAAAUAAAAGAGUAAAUUCCAUAAGGAACGCAUGUGCACAUGAUACACCAGUGCGUCACUGCAGGAUCUGCCAUCCAACUGGAUCGCAUCAUUACACUUCAAGUGGCUGUUCACAUCUACACCACAAGCAAAAACAAACAAGUAAACAAUGCGAAUGUGACUUCGAAAAGAUGAUAGCAGCUAUAGAGAAAAUAGUAAAGGAUAACGUGUCCACAGCAUGCGGUACAUCGCGAGAUAAUGUAAAUAUUGAAGUUACAAAGCCAAUUUUAAAGAAAGCAAAAACACAGGAACCGCCAAAAGUGCUAAAAAUCGAUUGCAGCGCGUGUAAUACACCUAAUUUAGUAGAACCAGGAGAGCUAUUGUGCGUUUGUAGAGGGCAGAAAAAGAAAAUAACUAUUGGAAAGAAAUGUCCUUGUGAAGAAUAUGCGGCUGCAAAUGAAUACAAAUUGCCCGUUGCGCCAAAACCCGCACUCAAACCCGAUCCCAUAUAUGAAACACAAUCAAAUUGUAAAUGUAAGAAAAGUAAAAAGAGUAAGAAUGUAAUUUGUGAAUGUCCCCAGGAACCACCUGAAGAUGAAAUGGAACCUUUUGUCUGGUUAGAUGAAAGGCAAUUAAGAAAAAUGAGGUCAGAUUUAACCCACGCUAUGUCAGGAUUCAAACUUAACAAAUCGCGCAAAACUGUAGAAACUGAAAUGAGUUUCCAGGAGGCUCUAGAAUUUUUUGAACUUUACCAGGAUGAAGUAACAGGUGCUCAGUCAGAGCAAUGCUUUUGCGAAGAAAAAAAAAAGAAACAUAAGAAAUUAGCGGAAUGUGAAUGUCCACCUGUAGAAGAGCCUCCCCCAGAAGAACCCCCCGAGGAGCCUUUCCGAGGUAUAAAGCUUCGUAUGACAGGAAAAGGCUCUAUGUCAAGGGGAUUGAGCGGCGUAUUAUGUUUUGAGCUUUUAGAACAUUGAUUUUGUAAGGAUACUUUAUUAGCAAAUUAAUAUUGUGUUAUUUUGUAUAUUGUCAUCCGCCA